AAAGGUCUGCACAAGCGAGGGGGACUUUUUCUUGGUUGAAGAUUUAUCGUUCGUGUCCCUGUGCAGCAUGAGAGAGCUGGUGAUAUUAGCAGCUGUGGUCUCGGCUCUACACGCGGCCAGCCUCCCGACAGACACUGAUGUGCAAUAUGAGUGCCAGGAAGAUCAGGACAACAUUGCUACAUUAGAAGCUGAGAGCUUCAUUAAUGACCAUCACCGCCAUGGAUACAAAUUCAAAUUCGUCUCAAACAUUUCCUGUGGAUGUUUCAUAUCUACAUAAGACUGAUCCUUGUGAGGUCAUCUUGGGAAUAACUCUAGAGGAAACUGAGUGCCACAUUGUGAAUCCCAAACCUUUAGAUCAGUGUAACACUAGAAUGGAAAGAGAGACGAAAGUGACAGCUAAAUGUAAUGUGACGGUCUCCAGUGUUGAGGGAAAGGCAGCUGUGAAGCGCUACAUCUGUGACACCGAACCAGCUUCACAUGAAAUACUUGUGACAAAAUGCCCUGACUGCCCCAGUCUGCUGCCCUUGCAUGACCCGAAGGCUCUGGAAAGUGUGAAAACUGCAACUCAUUAAGGCCUUGAUAUACUC